GGUGAGGGGCAGGAGCAGAGACAUGACAGGAGGACAUGCUGGAGAGCCACCUGUUUGACAUGUUGCCAUCAGAGCGUCUUGCCUGACAGGCCAGGACAGGCCAUGGAGCUGGAGCCAUCACUGGAAACCAGGUAGCAGAAAUGUCAUGUCAGGCAACUUAGGGGGUUGCCCCUAAAUUCGGGGGAAUCGAUCGAGGACCCAUUAGUGAAGGCCCACAAUCCUGUCUGUCUGGGGGACACGCCUCGUCAGUGGUCUAGGCUUUUGGAACUCCACAGCCAGGAAAAGGAUAUUUAUUUCCUCAGCUCUUCAUCGCUUCCUCUCCCGGCAGCAUCCAGCAAGUCUGGGCUUAGCUGCCUGCCGAGGGCAAGAGCAGCCACAGGGACAUGAUGAAGCACCUCCUAUCACCUGAGGCUUCCUGAUUGCUGUGGAGGACACGGUAUCAACAAGAUAGGACCUCUGCCCUCAAGCCCACUGGGUAAAGAGAAGAGGGACACAUAUCCAGAUAGAAAUGACCAAGACAUGCCUAACCAGAGUGAGCCGACUGUGUGAGACACAGCAAGGAGGGGAAUCAGGGAGGACUUCUCAGAGGAAGUGGUCUUUGAGGUGGACCCAGAAGGCCCUGUGCUCCAGAGAGGUCAGCUCUCUGAGUUUCAUUCACCUUGGUACCCGCAGAGUAUAGCCAGGUCCUGGCACAGAGAAGGACCUCAAUAAAUGUCUACGCCACGACUUUGGAUUAAAUCUUUCCUGGACACUGAAGUAAGGUGCAGAUUUGAAUCUACUUCGGGAAGAAUGGUAUGUGAAGUCAAUUUAGAGUAUUUCAGGCCAUCUGGACUGCCUCUUCUGAGAAGGUCCUCAUAAAUUCCGCCAAAUAAACAGGAGUCUAAGAAAGUGUGAACUCUAUGGGAACAGAAAUGGACACACAUUCUAAGAAAGCUGCCCAAAGCAAAACAAGGAUGAAGCAAAUGCCCUUCUAAAGAAAUGAGCCGCCAGACUGCAACAGCAUUACCUACUGGAACCUCAAAGUGUACCCCGUCUCAGAGGGUGCCCGCCCUGACUGGCACAACCGCAUCCAACAAUGACUUGGCGAGUCUUUUUGAGUGUCCGGUCUGCUUUGACUAUGUGUUACCACCCAUUCUUCAGUGUCAGAGUGGCCAUCUUGUUUGUAGCAACUGUCGCCCAAAGCUCACAUGUUGUCCAACCUGCCGGGGCCCUUUGGGAUCCAUUCGCAACUUGGCUAUGGAGAAAGUGGCCAAUUCCGUACUUUUCCCUUGUAAAUAUGCCUCUUCUGGAUGUGAAAUAACUUUGCCACACACAGAAAAAGCAGACCACGAAGAGCUCUGUGAGUUUAGGCCUUAUUCAUGUCCGUGCCCUGGUGCUUCCUGUAAAUGGCAAGGCUCUUUGGAUGCUGUCAUGCCCCAUCUGAUGCAUCAGCAUAAGUCCAUUACGACCCUACAGGGAGAGGAUAUAGUUUUCCUUGCAACAGACAUUAACCUUCCUGGUGCUGUUGACUGGGUGAUGAUGCAGUCCUGUUUUGGCUUUCACUUCAUGUUAGUAUUGGAGAAACAGGAAAAGUAUGAUGGUCACCAGCAGUUCUUUGCAAUUGUACAGCUGAUAGGAACACGCAAGCAAGCUGAAAAUUUUGCUUAUCGACUUGAGCUAAAUGGUCAUAGGCGGCGAUUGACUUGGGAAGCGACUCCGCGCUCUAUUCAUGAGGGAAUUGCCACGGCCAUUAUGAAUAGUGACUGCCUAGUCUUUGACACCAGCAUUGCACAGCUUUUUGCAGAAAAUGGCAAUUUAGGCAUCAAUGUAACUAUUUCCAUGUGUUGAAAUGGCAAUCAAACAUUUUCUGGCCAGUGUUUAAAACCAUUGCAUUCAAUUUCACAGAGAAUAAGGCAGCCGUCUGCCUGUCAACCUGAAACUUUUGGUAGGUGGAAGCUAGACACAUGAAGGUAAAUAAAAGGAAAGGCUGUUAAAUACAGGAAACAGUUGCAUGUAGUAACACUAAUAUAUUUAAAAAUAAGUCAACAGUAAACCACUGAAAAAUAUAUAUAUAUACACCCAAAAUGGGCAUCUUUUGUAUUAAGAAAGGAAGCAUUGUAAAAUAAUUCUGAAUUUGUGUUGUAGAUUGAGUGUACUGUUGAAAAAUACUGGGUUUUUGUUUUGUGUGUGUGCCUGCGAGUUGGUGUGCGUGCGCGUGUGUGUGUAUGUGUGUGUGGGUUUUUUGUUUUUUUGUUUUUUUUUUCUUUUAACCGACAAGCCAUGUUGAGUGGUCUUGGACCACUGCUUUUCCCCUUUGUGAGUCAAUACAUAGUGCUGCUGUGUGUGUAUAUUUUUUUGUGUGUAUUUGCUAAUUUUUAUUAAUUCUAGUUUUUCAUUAAAUAAAUUGGACUUUCUUUUCUGUAAUUCAAGUUUUUCCUCACUUUUUUUUUUGUACCUUUUUGAAGUUAGUGUCUUUUUGAUAUGCAUAAUUGUUUAUGGUAAAGUUUAUACAUUAUGUGUUCAAUACGUAUUUUCUUUUCCCCCAUUAAUCAGUUCAUUAGAAAUAUUUUACAUUCAAGUCUUUUGAGAAGAUACAAGUUCCAGAAAGGAAAGGUAACAGCAGAAGAAUUAUCAGAAGCUAUUUAAAGCAGCUGUAAGAUGGUCUCUGUUUCUGUCUGUCUCUCUCUCUCUCUUUCUCCAGUUGAGUCAUACCUUUAAACUUAUUCUUUGAAAGAUUAGGGAAUACUGAUUUUUUUUUUUUGAUACUGAAAAAAAAAAUCAGGCUUUUUUUUUUUCUUUCUUUGAAAUAUCUUGGACAAAUCACAUGUUUAAAAUUUGUUCUUGUAUUUAUUGGUUUUGCAGAAGAAGGCAUCGUCUUACACAGUAUUUGUAAUCAAAAGCAAAUCAUUUGUUUAAAAAAAGGCAGUUUGCAAAAAAUGUUUUUGGUCUUUUAUAAUUCUCAUUAAAAGAAUAUCUGGCAAAUUAAAAA